AUGUCUACAUUAGCUGAAAGAAGAAAACAAUCUCCACGUGAAAAAAAGACGAUUAUUAGAUAUAAAAAUUCUAGUUAUAACAAAGAAACAAUUGAAGGAGAAGGAAAAGCCUUAAAGGAAAUUCCAGAAAUUGCUUCUGUUAUGAAAGGAAUUAAGAAAGCAAGUGAUAUAGCACAUUUAAUUCAUAAAGUUUUAUUUGGUACACCAGGAAGUGUUGAAGAAAGAAAAAAAGAUAUUAUGUCAUUUAAAGGGUUAAAAGGAAAUACUGAAGCUGAAACAAUUGAACUAUUAGAAAAGAAAAAACAGUAUUUAGAAAAACAAAAAUUUGUUGAUUUAAUUGAACUUUGCAGAUUAUUCUGCUUAGCUGGUGCAUCUAAAGAAAAAACAAAAGAAAAGUAUGCAGAAGAAAUAGUUGAAUUUUUAAAGAAACCAGGAGAUGUUAAAGUUGUAGUUACUGAACGAGAUAAAGUUGCUAAUGUUGAAGAAGAAAGUGAAGAAGAUAAAAAGAAGCCAAUUAAAAAGCAAAGUACAAAAGAAAAGAAAGAAAAAAAAGUAGCUAAGAAAGAUGAUAAAAAAUCGUUAAAAAAAGAAGUAGCUCAAAAAGAAACACAGAAAAGUUCUUCAAAAACAGAAAAAGAAGUUAAAAAACCAAAACUUACUAAAAUAGAAAAGAAAAAAGCUACACCAAAAAAAGAGGCUAAAACAAAAGGAAAGAAAUAAACAAUCAAAUUUAUUCUUUAUGUGUUUU